AUGACGAUGUUAAGAAGUUUCUUCGCUGAAGCGUCGGGUGGCUCUUCAGAAGACGGUGGAUCUGACUGUGGAGACGAGGAUGACGACGAAGAUGAAGGCGAGGGUGAUGACAAAGAUGAAGAUGACGAUGACGACGAAGAUGGAGAUGAGGAUGAGGAUGAAAACGAGGGCGAUGACGAAGAUGAGGGUGACGACGAAGAUGAAGACAAUGUCGAUGAUCUGAGGUGCACUGUGGUCCGCCUAAAGCACGACUGGACAUGUCCUGAGUGUGGGAAAGGUGCUGAGAGGUGCUUGUGUCCGUACGCGAUGAAAGCCUGCAGGUGCAAGGGUGGGCAACUAAUGCCAUGGGAUGAUGCAUGUGGACACUGUGAAAAGAAUAAGUAUUCCUUGGAGGAAGAGGAUGAUGAGGAAGAGGAGGGAGAGGAGGAGGGAGGGCAUGACGACUACACCUUCCAAGAAGAGGAGGGAUGCUACUGCGGGUUAUUUGAAGAGUGUAUUGAAGGCUGCGACCGCGGAGAAGACGAAACUUGCGACUGUUGGCGGUACCACAAUUGUGUUUGCUCUGAUUCGGAGGACGAAGACUGGCGUUGCUCAGAUGCCGAGGACUCGCAUAGUGCAACGGACGAAUCAGAAGAGGACGAAGAGGCUGGUAAGCGGAACCGUAUCCUUCCUGUUGUGGCCCUUGACUCUCCACCAGACGAAGGCACCGACGUAGGAUCUCAUGCUUCCGACGAUACACAGCUCUGCGAGGUCUCUUCUCAAAGCCGCGAUAUUGUUGUGCAGGCCCUCCCUCCGCCGCUGGCUAUGCAUUGUGCAUCAGACGACUCGUCUUCUUGCUCGUCAGGAGAUGAAGACAUGGAUACCGACCGGGCUUCUUCCAACCAUUCCCCUCCUCCCCCUUCCGAACACUCCCAGUUGGACAUCGUUCUUAGUGACUCCGAAGAAGCUGACAAUGUAGAAGAAUUGACUGGGCACCUACAACCGGACGACGGCAACAUCGCUUCUAUGCCGGCGUUCCCAGUACCCCCGUUGGUCUCUCCUCUCUCCCACAGAGGGACACAGACAUCGCCCCAAUCUCAGCAGCCCGCGCAUACAGUCAAAAUUCUCCGAGACGCUUCAGCACAGACGCUCCAUUCUCCUGCUAGUAACGUUGCUCAGAUCUCCGAUGAACAAGCGAGGAUUGAGGAACUUACUCGAGAGCUAAGGGAGUCAGGAGAAGAAAUACAGCGGGUUCAAGCCCGCUCUCGGAACAUCUCGCGAGAGCUGGAGCGCCUGCGUGCGCGAAAUCAUAGCAUAGGCUCGCGCUCGGCUGACCCUGGCGAUGAUCCAGGUUGGGGCAACAUGGACGCCAUGGAGGAAGAGCUCAACAACAGAAUAGCGAAUCUCUUCGAGACCCUUCGGGCGGAACGUCGGAGGCGAGUGCGCGCAGAGACUAUGCUUGGAGAAAUCUCUAGAUCCAAUCAAACGCAGCCGCCUCUUCCGGCACUGUUGAGGAGGCGGCACUGGCUCCAAUGA